GCUUAGAAAAAAAUAGUAAAAGAAAAAACAAGCCACUUGGGCAAUUGAACGUGCCCAAGUUGACGACCGAACCAGGGAAAGUCUUCUCCUACCCACAAGAACGCUCAUUCGCAUCGCCACCUUCCUCCCUCCCCUCCUCGCCAUCUCCGACCCGACUUGCGGCCAAUGGCGGACCAGCUCACCGACGACCAGAUCGCCGAGUUCAAGGAGGCUUUCAGCCUCUUCGACAAGGAUGGGGACGGUUGCAUUACCACCAAGGAGCUGGGAACUGUCAUGCGUUCCCUGGGGCAGAAUCCCACUGAGGCAGAGCUUCAAGACAUGAUCAAUGAGGUGGAUGCUGACGGCAAUGGAACAAUUGAUUUCCCCGAAUUCCUCAACCUUAUGGCCCGCAAGAUGAAGGACACUGAUUCUGAGGAAGAGCUCAAGGAGGCAUUCCGUGUGUUUGACAAGGAUCAAAAUGGUUUUAUCUCUGCUGCUGAACUGCGCCAUGUCAUGACCAACCUUGGUGAGAAGUUGACUGAUGAGGAGGUUGACGAGAUGGUCCGUGAGGCUGAUGUUGAUGGUGAUGGCCAGAUCAACUAUGACGAAUUUGUUAAAGUCAUGAUGGCCAAGUAAGUUGCAUUACCAUCUGAGGGAAGCUUCAGUAAUCAGACCAAAAUAUUACCUAUCCAGGUGCCAUUUUGUGGGAUGGCUAUUGUAUUAAACCGAAAACGAUAACACUGCUGUGUCAUAUGUUGUAGGCAAUGAUUGUUUGCCUUGAAGAUUUUAUAGAUCCUGCUCUGGUCUUUCUGAUUUUGUCUGUUCCGUUUUUUUAUGUUUGGUUCGUUUCAACUUUUCAAGCGUGUAGCCACAACGUGUUAAUGAAUAACUAUAUGUCAGUGUUCCAUGAUUUCA